GGGAGGUGGUCCGUGUGCUCUUUUCCUUUGGUCCGAUGUGACAGGGUGUGAGUGUGUUGAAGGUCUGAUGAUGACGAACUCCACGCAGGUUUCAUAUUUCACUUUAAGUGCCUACUUUGACGCUGGUGCUCUCCGAUAUUUCUACUUCAUCAUCAUCAUGUCUUUGUAUGUGUUGAUAGUUUGCUCCAACCUGCUGCUCAUUGUGGUUAUCUGCAUGAACAGAAGCUUACAUGAACCCAUGUACCUUUUCCUCUGCAGCCUGUUUGUAAAUGAGCUGUUUGGUAGUACAGGGCUGUUUCCAUUCCUCCUGGUUCAGAUCCUCUCAGACAUUCAUACUGUUUCUUAUUCAUCUUGCUACCUGCAGAUUUUCUGUUUGUACACUUAUGGAAAUAUAGAGUUCUUGAACCUGGCCGUCAUGUCUUAUGACAGAUACCUUGCCAUCUGUUGUCCUCUACAAUAUAACACUCGUAUGACCCAGCAGAAGGUCUCCGUGCUGAUUGCUCUCACGUGGUUCCUCCCGGUGGUCGCUAUCCUCAUCCUCAUCUCACUGAGUGCCCGUCUGAGGCUGUGUGGGAACGUCAUGGACAGAGUUUACUGUGGAAACUACUCGGUGGUGAAGCUGGCGUGUUCUGACACCAGAGUGAACAACGUCUACGGACUGCUGUACACCGUGGUCUCCAUCCUCCUCCCUCUGGUUCUCAUCCUUUUCUCCUACAUGAGGAUCCUGAAGGUUUGUUUCUCUGCUUCUAAACCCACCCGACAGAAGGCCCUCAGCACCUGCUCUCCUCACCUCGCUUCCCUGCUCAACUUCUUCUUCGGCUGCUGCUUUCAAAUCCUGCUGAGCCGCUUUGAGGCGGGCGGCGUGGCCCCCGCGCUGGGGGUCGUGUUGUCGCUGUACUUCCUGACCUGCCAGCCUCUCCUCACGCCGCUGCUGUACGGCCUGAACGUGUCCAAGAUGCGCCUCGCGUGUAGAAAGCUGCUGCUCAGGGAGACGUGUGGAGGGCUCGUGUGAGAGGGAACAUCCGCAGGGUUUCUCCUCACGGGAAGUUCAGCUCAACCUGAGAAACGCACACGAGUCCAAACUGUACUUUGUGAUAGCGACGCUCGCUUUAUGUUUGAAUAAUUCUACAUGAAGCAAACGUUCACCUCCAUGAAUCAUCAAGAUCUUAUAACCAGAUUCUGAAGGUAUAAACAAACAACAUUGAAUGAAGGGAUCUGGUCAACAUUCUACCAGUGCAUCAAGUGACACGAUGUAAAGACAUAAAACAUACUAGAAUGUAAAAUGAGUCAUUUGAUGGUUUUACAGAGUGAUGUGAUA